UUCGGCCAUCACAUUUUGUCACGGUGCCCACAUCGUCAAACGUCUACUAACCCACAGAAAAUUAAUCCUCUCUGCUCUUCUCUUAUCUUCAUCUUCUCCGCUCAUUCUUUUCGACUUUUCAACCUACCAACUACCUAUUUUCUCUCUCCUCUCCUCUUUUUCUCUCUCUUUUACGCCUCCCUUUGAUUACUUUCUAGUUACUUGAAAGAAAUGAGUCGCCCACAAGAACCACACAGGCCAUUCUUUCCCCAUGGAAACCCUUUCCGGAUGAUACUACCGAAAGGCUCUUAUCUUUCCCCUAAACUACAGGCGCUGCUGAACAAAUUUGAAGAGACCUUGGCAGUAAGGUUGAGAAAACUUAUUCCAAAGCACAACAAUGAGGUCUUAAGUCUUUCAUGGAUGGUAUUAGCUGUACAGUUGCUUUCUGAGACGCACAAUGAUAUCAAAUCUUUGAUAACUGAACUUGAACUUCCUGUUGUUGAUUGGGAUGACAAAUGGAUUGAUGUGUAUUUGGACAACAGUGUGAAGUUGCUGGAUAUAUGCAUUGCUCUCUGCUCUGAGCUAUCAAGACUAAGUCAAGGGCAGCUUUUACUCCAUUGUGUGUUACGUAAUUUGGACCAAAACAGUUCAACUGAUAUUUUGAAGGUCAAAUCUUCAAUUGAUAGUUGGAGGCAGCACAUUGGUGCAAAGAACCCUAGAGUUGAUAACUGUUUCCCUAUUAUUGAUAAGUUGAUGGAAUCUUUAGAGUUACCCAAGGUCAAGAACUCUGCCAAGGGGAAGACUUUGAUGCGUGCAAUGUAUGGAGUUAAGGUGCAAACUUUGUUUGUCUGUAGCGCUUUCAUCUCUGCUUUCACAGGUUCUGAUAAGAAGUUGGUGGACUUGCGUGUUGCUGGGACUCACUUGUGGGCAGAGGCAUUCAAUCAUCUCCAGAGUUUUGUUAAUGGGGAGAUAAGAAAUUUAGUUUCUAGUGGUAGAAAUUUUCUUUUGAAAGAUUUGGAAUCGGUUGCUACAAGUGUGUGUGAAUUGUAUCCCAUGACUCAGGGAAGUAUGGAGCCUUUGGAAACUGAUGCUUUACAGAAGUCUAUUGCAGGAUUGGGGAAAAAAGCAGAUGAACUUUCAUCUGGACUAGAUCUUCUGGCAAAAGAAGUGGAUGAGUUUUUCCAGAUAGUGUUGAGUGGACGUGAUGCGUUGCUUGGUAACCUAAGAGUGUCUAGCAGUGUGCUUGAUUCUCCAAAAAAGUACAGAAUGGACGAGCAACAUGUGAGAUGAAUAUUGAACAAGCCGAGGUCAUGUGUAUAAACAGGUUUAGGUAUGGUUUUUAUUAUUGUCUUAUGAGGAAAUGUAUGAGAUACACUCAGGCAUACAAUCAUGCUUAUCUUGUAUGUAACAUGUUUGUUCUGAAUGAGCGCCUGUGCUUUACACCUAUGUACUACUGUAUUAUGAUAAUGAUAUAUGAAAUGGUAUUUGUCGUGUGGAA